CCAUCGGAGCCCUUUCUAGAGAAACCAGUGCCGGAUAUGACUCAGGUUAGUGGACCGAACGCUCAGCUAGUGAACAGUGAUGAUUACCUGCUGUCAGUAGAACAGCAGCCGCAGCAAAAGAAGAAGAAAAAGAAAAACAACCACAUCGUUGCAGAGGAUCCCAGUAAAAGUUUUGGUAAAGAUGACUUCCCUGGUGGGGUUGAUAACCAAGAACUAAACAGGAACUCACUAGAUGGGUCCCAAGAAGAGAAAAAGAAAAAGAAAAGGCCGAAGGCAAAAAAAGAUCCCAAGGAACCGAAAGAACCCAAGGAGAAAAAAGAGCCCAAGGAACCCAAGACCCCGAAAGCCCCUAAGAUUCCCAAAGAGCCAAAGGAAAAGAAAGCAAAAACUGCCACGCCAAAACCCAAAUCCAGCAAAAAGUCAAGUAAUAAGAAACCUGAUUCAGAAGCAAGUGCUUUGAAGAAAAAGGCCAACAAGGGAAAAACAGAAGGUUCUGAGAAUUCAGACUUAGACAAAACACCCCCAUCAUCUCCUCCUGAAGAAGACGAGGACCCAGGUGUUCAGAAGAGACGGUCCAGCAGGCAGGUGAAGAGAAAGCGGUACACCGAGGACUUGGAGUUCAAGAUCUCCGACGAGGAGGCCGAUGACGCAGACGCUGCUGGGAGAGACUCGCCCUCCACAACCUCGCAGUCGGAGCCGCAGGAAUCUGUUGACGCAGACGGUCCAGUGGUAGAAAAAAUUAUGAGUAGUCGUUCAGUAAAAAAACAGAAGGAAUCUGGAGAAGAGGUAGAAGUUGAGGAGUUCUACGUGAAAUACAAAAACUUCUCUUAUCUUCAUUGUCAAUGGGCAUCUGUAGCAGAUCUGGAAAAAGAUAAGAGAAUUCAGCAAAAGAUUAAACGAUUUAAGGCAAAGCAGGGCCAGAAUAAAUUCCUCUCAGAGAUUGAAGAUGAGCUUUUUAAUCCAGAUUACGUGGAGGUUGACCGGAUAAUGGACUUUGCACGUAGCACAGAUGACCGGGGAGAGCCUGUGACUCACUACCUGGUGAAGUGGUGCUCACUGCCUUAUGAAGACAGCACGUGGGAGCUGAGGCAGGACAUAGACCAAGCCAAGAUCGAAGAGUUUGAGAAGCUGCUGUCCCGGGAGCCGGAAACAGAGCGCGUGGAGCGACCUCCUGCUGAUGACUGGAAGAAAUCGGAGAGUUCCAGGGAGUAUAAAAACAAUAACAAACUCAGGGAAUACCAGUUGGAGGGAGUAAACUGGCUACUUUUCAAUUGGUACAACAUGCGAAACUGCAUUUUAGCAGAUGAAAUGGGUUUGGGGAAAACUAUCCAGUCCAUUACAUUUCUCUAUGAGAUAUAUUUGAAAGGAAUCCAUGGCCCUUUUUUAGUAAUUGCCCCAUUGUCCACAAUCCCCAACUGGGAAAGGGAAUUCCGGACCUGGACAGAGUUGAACGUGGUUGUGUAUCAUGGGAGUCAAGCUAGUCGUCGGACCAUUCAGUUGUAUGAAAUGUACUUCAAAGAUCCCCAGGGUCGAGUGAUAAAGGGGUCCUAUAAGUUUCAUGCCAUCAUCACUACGUUUGAGAUGAUUCUGACCGAUUGUCCUGAGCUGCGGAAUAUUCCCUGGCGCUGCGUGGUCAUUGAUGAAGCCCACAGGCUGAAGAAUCGGAACUGCAAGCUGUUGGAGGGACUCAAGCUGAUGGACUUGGAGCACAAAGUGCUGCUGACAGGGACCCCGCUCCAGAACACCGUGGAAGAGCUCUUCAGCCUGCUUCACUUCUUGGAACCAGGUCGAUUCCCUUCGGAAACCACCUUCAUGCAAGAAUUUGGUGAUCUGAAAACCGAAGAACAGGUGCAAAAACUCCAGGCUAUUCUAAAGCCAAUGAUGUUGAGACGUCUCAAAGAGGACGUGGAAAAGAACUUGGCCCCCAAGGAAGAAACGAUCAUCGAAGUCGAGCUAACAAACAUUCAGAAGAAAUAUUACCGAGCCAUCCUUGAGAAGAAUUUUACGUUUCUUUCCAAAGGUGGUGGUCAAGCUAACGUACCCAACCUUUUAAACACUAUGAUGGAAUUACGGAAGUGCUGCAAUCAUCCCUACCUUAUUAACGGUGCUGAGGAGAAGAUUUUGGAAGAGUUUAAAGAAGCACACAACGCCGACUCCGCAGAUUUUCAGCUCCAGGCGAUGAUCCAGGCUGCUGGGAAGCUCGUGCUGAUCGACAAGCUGCUGCCCAAGCUGAAGGCCGGCGGCCACAGGGUGCUCAUCUUCUCCCAGAUGGUGCGCUGCCUGGACAUCCUGGAAGACUACCUCAUUCAGAGACGGUACCCGUACGAAAGGAUCGACGGCCGGGUCAGAGGGAACCUCCGCCAGGCAGCUAUCGACAGGUUCUCCAAACCUGACUCUGAUAGGUUUGUUUUCCUCCUGUGUACAAGGGCAGGAGGUUUAGGCAUUAAUCUUACUGCUGCUGAUACCUGCAUCAUCUUUGAUUCCGACUGGAAUCCCCAAAAUGAUCUCCAGGCUCAGGCUAGGUGUCAUAGAAUAGGACAGAGCAAAUCUGUGAAAAUCUACAGGCUGAUUACAAGGAAUUCUUACGAGAGGGAGAUGUUCGACAAAGCUAGCUUGAAGCUCGGUCUGGAUAAAGCGGUCCUGCAGUCCAUGAGCGGAAGAGAAAACGCUCCCAACGGGGUACAACAGCUUUCCAAGAAAGAAAUAGAGGAUCUUCUCCGGAAAGGGGCCUAUGGUGCCCUCAUGGAUGAGGAGGACGAAGGGUCUAAAUUCUGCGAAGAAGAUAUCGACCAGAUUCUCCUCCGGCGAACCCACACCAUCACCAUCGAGUCUGAGGGAAAGGGUUCCACGUUUGCUAAGGCCAGUUUUGUUGCAUCUGGAAACAGGACAGAUAUUUCCUUGGAUGAUCCAAAUUUCUGGCAAAAGUGGGCUAAGAAGGCGGAAUUGGAUAUUGAUGCCUUAAAUGGGAGGAACAACCUGGUUAUUGACACUCCCAGAGUCAGGAAGCAGACCAGGCUGUACAGUGCAGUGAAGGAGGAUGAGCUGAUGGAAUUUUCAGACCUGGAGAGCGAUUCUGAAGAGAAGCCCUGCACGAAGCCACGGCGGCCGCAGGACAGGUCCCAGGGCUAUGCCAGGAGCGAGUGCUUCAGAGUAGAGAAGAACCUGCUUGUCUAUGGCUGGGGGCGCUGGACAGACAUCCUUUCCCAUGGCCGCUACAAGCGUCCGCUCAGCGAGCAGGACGUGGAAACCAUCUGCAGGACUAUCCUCGUGUACUGCCUCAACCACUACCGGGGGGACGAGAACAUCAAGAGCUUCAUCUGGGAUCUGAUCACGCCCACGGCCGAUGGCCAGACGCGAGCCCUGGUCAACCAUUCCGGUUUAUCAGCCCCGGUGCCCAGGGGGCGGAAGGGCAAAAAGGUGAAAGCCCAGAGCUCGCACCCGGUGGUGCAGGACGCUGACUGGCUGGCCGGCUGCAACCCAGAUGCCCUGUUCCAGGAGGACAGCUACAAGAAGCACCUGAAGCACCACUGCAACAAGGUCCUGCUGCGUGUCCGCAUGCUGUACUACCUGAGACAAGAAGUGAUAGGAGACCAGGCGGAGAAGAUCCUAGAGGGCGCCGACUCAAGUGAAGCUGAUGUGUGGAUACCUGAGCCUUUCCACGCGGAAGUCCCCACAGAUUGGUGGGAUAAGGAAGCUGAUAAGUCCCUCCUGAUUGGAGUGUUCAAGCACGGGUACGAGAAGUACAAUUCCAUGCGAGCUGACCCCGCGCUGUGCUUCCUGGAACGAGUUGGUAUGCCCGAUGCCAAGGCCAUCGCUGCCGAGCAGAGAGGAACAGACAUGCUAGCAGAUGGCGGUGAUGGGGGAGAAUUUGAUAGAGAAGAUGAAGACCCAGAAUAUAAACCAACCAGAACGCCGUUCAAGGAUGAAAUAGAUGAAUUUGCAAAUUCUCCUCCAGAAGAUAAGGAAGAACCCAUGGAAAUACGCGGCCCAGGCAAGCACAGCGAGGGCAGCGCUGAGUUGGGCCAGCUGUACUGGCCCAAUACCUCGACCCUGACCACCCGUCUGCGUAGGCUCAUUACCGCCUAUCAGCGCAGCUAUAAAAGGCAGCAGAUGAGGCAGGAGGCCCUGAUGAAGACCGACCGGCGGAGACGGCGGCCCCGGGAGGAAGUGCGGGCCCUGGAAGCUGAAAGGGAGGCUAUAAUAUCGGAGAAACGGCAGAAGUGGACGAGACGGGAAGAGGCCGACUUUUACCGCGUGGUGUCCACGUUUGGGGUUAUUUUUGACCCGGCGAAACAGCAGUUCGACUGGAACCAAUUCCGAGCCUUUGCCAGGCUUGACAAGAAGUCCGACGAGAGCCUGGAGAAGUAUUUCAGCUGCUUCGUGGCCAUGUGCCGGCGGGUGUGUCGCGUGCCCGCCAAGCCAGAUGGCGUUCGCAAAGGCCAGCUUACACCUACCCUCCAAAAGGACUCACUUCAAUUCCUGGGACACAUCAGAGCGUUGCAGGAGGGCGGCGGGAAGGACCGGAAGCAGGACCCCGAGGCCGAGGCCGAGCCCGGCCCUGGGAAGAGCGAUCCGAGAGGAGCGGAGGUCGGUGCGGACGUGGGGCCCAAGUCCAUUUCAGAAAAGGGUUCCGAGGAGGACGAAGAGGAAAAGCUGGAGGAUGAUGACAAGUCAGAAGAGUCUUCCCAGCCCGAAGCAGGAACUGUCUCGAGAGGGAAGAAUUUUGAUGAAGAGAGCAAUGCUUCCAUGAGCACUGCUAGGGAUGAGACCCGAGACGGAUUCUACAUGGAGGAUGGAGAUCCGUCCGUAGCUCAGCUCCUUCAUGAAAGAACGUUUGCCUUCUCAUUUUGGCCUAAGGAUCGAGUAAUGAUAAACCGAUUAGACAACAUCUGUGAAGCAGUGUUGAAAGGCAAAUGGCCGGUAAAUAGGCGCCAGAUGUUUGAUUUCCAGGGCCUCAUCCCCGGCUACACGGCCCCCACUGCCGACUGUCCCCUGCAGAAGAGGAGCCUGGCCGAGCUCUCCGUGGUGGGCCAGGCGAGCAUCAGCGGCAGCGAGGACCUCACCGCUUCCCCUCAGUUGUCCAAGGAAGACGCCCUCAGCCUCUCCGCCCCUCGCCAGCGGAGGAGAAGGAGGAGGAAGAUCGAAAUCGAGGCCGAAAGAGCUGCCAAGCGGCGAAACCUCAUGGAGAUGGUUGCCCAGCUGCGGGAGAAUCAGGUGGUCUCGGAAAAUGGACACGAGAAAGUUGUCGAUUUAUCAAAGGCCUCGAGAGAGGCAGCAAGCUCUACCUCAAAUGUUUCAUCUCUUACUUCAAAGUUUAUCUUGCCUAAUGUCUCGGCGCCCAUGUCUGAUGCCUUUAAGACUCAAAUGGAGCUGCUCCAGGCAGGCCUGUCCCGCACGCCCGCCAGGCAUCUGCUCAACGGCUCCCUCGUGGACGGAGAGCCUCCCAUGAAGAGGAGGCGGGGAAGGAGGAAAAACGUGGAGGGCCUCGACCUGCUGUUCAUGAGCCACAAACGGACGUCAUUGAGUGCAGAGGAUGCUGAGGUGACCAAAGCUUUUGAAGAAGAUAUAGAGACCCCACCUACAAGAAACGUUCCUUCUCCUGGACAGCUGGACCCAGACACGCGGAUCCCAGUUAUAAAUCUCGACGAUGGGACUAGGCUGGCGGGGGAAGAAGCUCCUAAAAAUAAGGACUUAGUUGAAUGGCUGAAGCUGCAUCCCGCUUACACUGUUGAUACGCCAAGUUACGUACCAAAGAAUGCAGAUGUGCUGUUUUCCUCAUUUCAGAAACCGAAACAGAAACGACACAGAUGUCGAAACCCUAAUAAAUUGGAUAUAAACACUUUGACAGGAGAAGAAAGGGUGCCUGUUGUCAAUAAACGAAAUGGGAAGAAGAUGGGUGGAGCUAUGGCGCCUCCGAUGAAGGAUCUACCCCGGUGGCUGGAAGAAAACCCCGAGUUUGCAGUUGCCCCAGACUGGACCGAUAUAGUCAAGCAGUCUGGUUUCGUUCCUGAGUCGAUGUUUGACCGUCUUCUCACCGGACCCGUGGUGCGGGGAGAAGGGGCGAGCCGGCGGGGACGGAGGCCCAAAAGUGAAAUCGCCCGCGCAGCCGCUGCCGCCGUGGCCUCCACGUCGGGCAUCAACCCCCUGCUGGUGAACAGCCUGUUCGCUGGGAUGGACCUGACGAGCCUGCAGAGCCUCCAGAACCUCCAGUCUCUGCAGCUGGCCGGCCUCAUGGGCUUCCCUCCGGGACUGGCCACGGCCACGGCUGCUGCCGCCGCCGCCGGAGGCGACGCCAAGAACCCGGCCGCCGUGCUGCCCCUGGUGCUGCCGGGCGUGGCCGGCCUGCCCAGCAUGUUCGGGCUGGGCGGGCUGCUCAACACCCCGCUGUCCGCCGCCGCCGCCGCCGCCGCCGCCGCCGCCGCCGCCGCUGCCGGCAACACCGCUGCCGCGGCCGGCCCCGCGGAGCCGGAAGACGGCGCGUGCAAAGCGGAGGAGAAGGGCAGCGAGAACGAGGACGAGAACAAGGACUCGGAGAAAAGCACAGACGCCGUUCCGGGCCCAGACUCCGCGAAUGGAUCUGUUGGUGCUGCUACUGCCCCGGCCGGCCUGCCCUCCAACCCGCUCGCCUUCAACCCCUUCCUCCUGUCCACCAUGGCCCCGGGCCUCUUCUACCCGUCCAUGUUUCUACCUCCGGGACUGGGGGGAUUGACGCUGCCGGGCUUCCCCGCCUUGGCGGGACUGCAGAACGCCGUGGGCUCCGGCGACGACAAGGCUCCCGACAAGGCCGAGGGGGGUGCCUUUCAGGAAGAGGAGACCCUCGAGGGCAGCGACGCCGAGGAGAGCCUGGACAAGACGGCGGAGUCCUCAGUCUUAGAAGACGAGAUAGCACAGGGCGAAGAGCUAGACUCACUCGACGGGGGGGACGAAAUAGAAAACAAUGAAAAUGAUGGAUAA